AGGAGACAAUACACAGCCCUGAGGGUCAAGGAGUCCGAGGUGAUCAUCCCCAGCCUCACAUGCUCGCGUUUCCAGUCAGUCACAAAGUCAGUAAUCCAAUGGCAUGUGGCACCAGGAACAGUUAACUGUAUAAGGUUGGUUUCUAACAGAGAUGGGAUUAUAGUAUUGAAUGCAGAACUAAAAUUGAUAAGCAGGUUCCUGACUUAGGUUGCAGGAGACUCCACAUGCUGUUAGAUGAAGUGGAGCACUAUGCUGACAGCAUCGUCUGCAGACCUGUUUGUCCUAUACACAAUUGCAGAGGGUCUAACAGGGAGACUGUAAUGGAUUUCAGGUAGACAAGCACCAGUCUUUCAAGAGUCUUUGUGACUACUGAUGUCAGGGUGCCUUGUAGUCAUUCAUGCCAUGAGUUUUUGUUUUUUGGGGAACUGGUAUGACUGUUGAACCUUUGAAGCAGGCUGGAACAAUGCAGAGGUUUUGAGAUUGACUGAAGAUGCCUGUGAAUACUGGUGCCAGCUCAUCGGCACAAUACUUCAAGGAGGCUGGAGAUGCAGCAUCAGGGCCAGAUGCUUUCUUUGUUUCCUGUUUCUUGAAUAGGCUGUUCACCUCUUUUUCACAGAUAAUGGUGGAGGUGAAGGCAUUGCUGAGGAUAAUGGCUGUAUGGUGUGUGGUAUUGAUGAAUGGUGAGCAGGUGACAGACCUGGAACAUCCCUUUCAAAAUAGCAGUAGAACGUGUUAAGAUCGUUGGCAAGUUGACGAUCCUCAGUGGAGGGUGACAAUUUCUUUUUGUAUCAUCUCUUGCAAGCUUUUCCACACUGAAUAGGAGUGAUUAGCUAGUAACUGUUUUUCUAGCUUUUUAGAGUCUCUGUUUUUGGCUGUUCUGAUCCCCUUUUCCAGCCGGCAUUUGGCUUUUUUGUAGAGGGCUCUGUCUUCACUCCUGUAAAGCUGCUCUUUCCCGAGACUGGAAUAAUUAACAUCAGGCCAGCAAAAAUAAAAAAAUAUAGGAAGAAGAUUUCCGAUAACGCAGACCAAACGCAUCACUGCAGGAUGAUUGGAUGCCCGACCAGGGAACGUAGGGUGGGGUCAUUCCACCUGGCUCUCAGCCAUUCUCUGCUAAGGUGAUGCAUGGUGGGGGGGUUGUGGUUUAUCAACUAUUCAGUGGUCUUCCUGUGUCAAAUAGGAGUAACCCCAGGUCAAAUUUCAUUGUAAAAAUCAGGAACAGGCUGUUUUCAACAUUCAACCACCGAAGAGGCUGACGCUGACAAGAUAAAUAAAUAAUAAAUGCCAGUCAGAGGGCUCUGCUGCGAAUGCCCCUCCCCCACAGCUGCAAAGGACCUGCUGAAAAUGAAUUUGACUCCAAAGUAUUUGGUAGCCAAAAAGGAUUAAAAUUAAUGAGCAGACUGAAGAAACUCCGAUAAUUAUUCCCGUUGUGUGAAGCCAGAUCAGGCCUUUGCACCUCAUGGAGAGUGUGUGGUUUAAUCAUGGGAGUUUAAUUCCUCGCUCACGUGGAGUUUACAUGGCAGUGGAUUAGGCUGAAGGCAUCGUGCACAGGUCAGCUUCACCUUCCCGCACUCAGCACUCCUGCAUUCCAUUCAUCAAUCACUGCAUGUGUGGCGUUUGUGCAUUUGCGUGUGUGGCUGCACACGGCGAUGUCAUCAUCCUAAGCGGGCGUAAUUAGGAGCCAAUGUGUGAAGGAUAUGCGCUCCCCAGCAGCCCCCCCUUCACCCCCUGCUGCGGGAGCAGCCGGCGGCUGGGAGAGGGGCGGCAGGGAGAGGGGCUGUACCCACACACGCGCAUCUGCACGUGCAAGCAGGCGAAUGCACAACACAUACACUGACACAUACAUAAUACACAAUCGCCUCUUUUUUCUUUCAGGGUUCGCUGCUAGUCUGACUGGACCCAGAUCCAAAGAUCAGAGAAAAGGGUGAUGAAGAGCCUAGAGUCCCAGGAACAUGACCAUCAUGUACAGCACAACCAUAGCUAAGCUGAGUGGACUAAUAACUGGAUGGAUGGAUGGAUGGGCAGACAGAUGGAUGGAUGGGACAAGGGAAGAAAAUGGAAAAGUUUUGAAGUGAUCACUCUUCUCUACAGUGUCACCCCCCAACCUGCCUGAGGAAAAUUAAUGUGAGAAAUUGGCCUGUCCAGAGUUCAUAAGGGUGAGUUUCUGCCACGCGGGUGCCGAUCGACCCAGGACAGAACCCUGAAGACCCCAGCUGGACAUGACGCCAAGGCAGGGCUUCAUUUGACAACUCUGAGCGUCAAUCCCAUCAGCGUCAAUCUGAAGAUACAUUUUUUUCAUCAUACAUUUCAAAACCAAUUUAGAUUCAUAUACUGAUUAAAUUCCGCGGGGCAAUUAACUCCAGGGAUCUUAACAAUCUUAUUCAACAAAUCCUUCAUUUCAAUUAUAUUUUUAUUACAGUGUUAUUGAAUAGUAGCCCAAUGUUUACAUCAGAUACCCAAGAACAUUGGUUUUGUAUGCCAUAUAAGCGAUAUUCCACAUUUUUUUUGUUGGGAGGAGGUAAAUGUAGAUGAUACCAUUUCAGUGCACUGAAAUAAAGCUGUUGUUUCUACAAGGACUCAUGGUCCAUCAAAUGGGUAGCUGCCCCAUGACAGACAGCAAUGGUUUGAAAAGACAGAGAACCAGCAUGACUCAGAGGAAUCAGAACAGUUCCCAAGUACCUGGGAGGUUGCAUUGCCAUGGAAACAUAAAAUUCCACGUUGGCUACAAUGUACUCUUGGUUAUUGUAAAAGGAACAAAAAAGUUUCACAAAGAUUUGCAAUCCUUUAGCACAAGCAGCCAGGCCAAAAGUGCACAGAGUGGACUGUGGUGAAAUUCAUCUGCUGGCAAAGUAACAGUGAUACUCCUGCUUUUGAAAGGCUGCACUCUGCACUGACUCUCCAGAGGCAAAUUUGAUUGUCAGGCACUGAUACGUAAAACAUAAUCCGGAAUCAGGCAAAAUCAUUAUUAAAGGUUGGAGACAAAGCAGCUGUUGUGUGGGUCAGCUGUGCUGCAAAACGGGCUAAUUAUCAGUGUCCUUUUAAAGACUGGCUCAGAGCAGGGGCCUCCGAGCCGGAGAAUAAGCAACGCCGAGCAUAAAUCAUCGUGUGCAUAUCAGCAGUGCACAGACUCCCAGCCCUCCCAAAACAAACAGACCCAAGACUGGAAAACCCACUCCAGUGUCGUCUGGGGCUUAGGCUGGCUGGAAGAGAGCGAGAGAGUGUGUGCAUGUUACGAGGUUCGAGGGAGUUUCGGGAGCACCGUGCAAGCCCAUCCCCUACAAUGCCUUAGGGACACUGCACGAAAAAUAUUCAUAAAGCAUUUUAAAGUCUUUCAAAAACUUUUGUUUGAAUAUGGAAACCAAAUCACACUUUGUCGUUUUGACUAGAACACAAGUCUCUAUGAAAAUACAUUUCCAAACGCGAAAUAAACACACACACACAAACAAACAAACAAACAAAAAGAUUUAAAGAAAACCCACAAACAUGCACGAUACGAUUCGUAUAGCGGAACCCUAGAUCCGGCGUUUCCAGUUGGCGCCGGCGCUUCACAGGUUAAGCUUUGCGGCAUGCCGAAUUCCAGUUUGUUAAAGAUGGCAGCCUCCAUUGAAAUGACACGAUACUCAAUAACUUGUCAGUUGAUUCAGUAAUUUAUCGCUGUAGCGCUACUUUAACGAAAUCUAAAUAACGGAAUAGAUUCUACGGGUUACUUACAAAUUGGAAUUCGCUGGCUUUAAAUGACCGUAGCAGUAUAGAGUAUGUUUGCCCGAAAAUGUCACAGUCUACGUGAUGAUUCAAAGGAACCCCUAUGAUAGACAGCAGCGAUAUCUUCGUAAUAUCUAACCGUAUCUUAUAUUAGCACAAUUACUUUUGUUAUUUACAUUUUAAUCUGGACUGUCAUUACUUAAAGGGGUAUAUAUUUGUGCUCAGCUUCCUGAUGUUCGGCUACAGUUCCAUCUAGAGCAUUUAAAAUUACUUAGUGGGUUUUAGGAAGACAUUUUUUUACUUUCGAAUGAGUAACUAAGAGUCUGAAGUCCGUGACAAUGGCAGUGGCGCUAGCCAAAGCGUCCUGCAUCGGCCGCCUCUGCACGGCUCGCAGGAGCAUCAGCCUGUUUUCCAGCACGUCGCCCUCCAGCUGGAGCAAAGUGGUGUCGGAUGCUGAGAAAAUCGUGGGCUAUCCGACCUCUUUCAUGAGCUUGCGCUGUCUGCUUAGCGACGAGCUCAGCAACGUGGCGAUGCACGUCAGGAAACUGGUGGGAACUAAACAUCCGCUGCUGAACACCGCCAGGGGCUUUGUGCAUGACAGCAGAAACAACCUGCAGAUGCGGGGCCUAGUUGUGCUGCUGAUGUCCAAGGCAGCCGGUCCAAGCUCCGCCUCCUCUGGGCUCCUGCAGCAGGAUAUGGUCAGUGGGAUUUACCCCAGCCAGAGGAACCUGGCUGAGAUCACAGAGCUGAUCCACACAGCUUUCCUGGUCCACCGCGGCAUUGUUGACCUCAAGGAGUGGACCCGUUCUGAUGGGCCGCUGAAGGACAUGCAGUUUGGGAACAAGAUGGCUAUCUUGAGCGGUGACUUCUUGCUGGCUAAUGCUUGCACCGGACUCGCACAGCUGAACAACACCAAGGUGGUGGAACUGAUCUCCAGCGCCAUUGGGGAUCUGGUCCAGGGCAUAUACCAUGAGAGUGACAGCUGGGCAGAGGACAGUAGCCUGACCGAGGACACGACCGUGGCUUCCUGGGAGGACAAGACAUUCCUGUCCCAUGGUGCUUUGUUGGCGAAGAGCUGCCAGGCAGCCUUGGAGCUGGCGAUGCACGACAAGGAGGCUCAGGCCCUGGCUUACCUCUAUGGGAAGCACAUGUCAUUGGCUCACAAGGUAAAUUCUGACCUGCAGCCUUUCGUGAAGCACAGUGCGGGUGACCCAGUGACCUUGAAUCCGGUGACCUUGAGCCUGAACUCUGCCCCUGUGCUUUUGCACCGUCAGAUAGUGGGCCCCGAGCGGUGGGCACACCAGCUGAAGCAGGCAAAAGCAGCUGGGAAACAGGUUGAUUAUGCAAAGCAGCUUUGGGAAACAGUCUCAGCUGAGAAAGGCGUGAGAGCGGCCAUCGACCUUUGCUGUUGCCACGGAAACAAAGCCCUGGAUGCCAUUAAGUGCUUUCCGCCCUCAGAGGCUCGGUCUGCCCUGGAAAACUUCGCCACCGCCGUCACUAAGUUCUGAUCAGGCAUGUCUGGGGAUCUUCACCCUUCCCUGAGGGCUUUGACCAGGCCCGGCUGGAUCUGACUGGGAAGGGUCUACGCACAAUGGUGGGCUCGAUGCGUCAUGUCUUUAUUAAAUGCUGUUUCUCGCAGUCCUUCCAAAAAUAAACGUCUUGUACACAA